AUGGAGCGAAUUAUGUAUGAUCAACUGUAUAACUAUUUAACAAAAUUUGAACUCCUUAGCGAUUCUCAAUUCGGUUUUCGAAAAUCUCAUUCUACAGCAACUGCAUUACUGGACUGUAUCAAUGAUUGGUAUAUGAAUCUAGACAGAAAAAUGUUUAACCUAGUAGUCUUAAUUGAUCUAAAAAAAGCAUUUGAUACUGUUGAUCAUCAAAUUCUAUUAAGGAAGUUAGAACUUUAUGGAAUAAAAGGAGAAGCUCUAACUUUGCUCAAAUCUUAUCUCACAAGCAGAAACCAGAAGUGCCAAAUUAAGAAUUCCUUUUCUACAGAGAGAUUGAUUAAAAGUGGCGUACCACAAGGCUCUAUUUUAGGACCACUAUUCUUUCUGCUAGAUAUAAAUGAUUUACCUCAGUGUCUAAACAAAACAAAACAUCGAUUGUUUGCUGACGACACAAAUCAGACAGCAUCGGGAGAUUCUAUAAUUGACCUUGAAACUGCAGUAAAUUCUGCUUUGGAAAACCUCAGGAAAUGGUUAAUUGCCAACAAAUUCAGUCUAAAUGUAGCUAAGACAGAAUUUAUGUUAAUUGGUUCAAAGGCAAUGAUUAAAAAAAAUUCUGAUUCACGGAGAAGGUUCCUCGCGCUGAGAACAAGGUUCGUCACGCUGAGGACAAGGUUACUCACGCUGAAGACAAGGUUCUUGACGCUUAGGACAAGGAUUCUCACGCUGAGGACAAGGUUCAUCACGCCGAGGACAAGGUACCUCACGCUGAGGACAAGGUUCCUCACGUUGAGGACAAGGUUCCUCACGCUGAGGACAAGGUUGUCAACGGUGAGGACAAGGUUCCCAAUGCUGAGAACAAGGUUCCUCACGCUGAGGACAAGGUUCCUCACGCUGAGGACAGGUAUCUAACGCUGAGGACAAGGCUCCUUACGCUGAGGACAACGUUCCUCACGCUGAGGACAAGGUUCCUCACGCUGAGGACAAAGUUCCUCACGCUGAGGACAAGGUGCCUUACGGUGAGGACAAAGUUCCUCACGCUGAGGAAAAGGUGCCUUACGGUGAGGACAAGAUUCCUCACGCUGAGGAAAAGGUGCCUCACGCUGAGAACAAGGAUCCUCGCGCUGAGGAGAAGGUUCUUCAUGCUGAGGACAAGGUUUCUCACGCUGAGGACAAGGUGCCUCACGCUAAGGACAAGGUUCCUCACGCUGAGAACAAGGAUACUCGCGCUGAGGACAAGGUUCCUCACGCUGAGAAUAAAGUUCCUCACGCUGAGGACAAGGUUCCUCACGCUGAAGACAAGGUUCCUCACUCUGAGGACACAAAGUUAGAAACGUUGUCCUCAGCGUGA